CCCGUCCCCUCUCCCCACUGGACCCCCACCACGCUCCUGCCCCCCUGGUUCUGUCUUUCGGAGUGGAGGUGAGAACACAGUCGCCCUAACUCACUGGUCCGCCCCGGGGAACCACGACAAGAAGCCGAACCGACACUCUGCUCCAGCCACGGAAGAGGAGUCUCCCCACAACCUGAGUCUCCGCCCCUCCACGCCGCUCCUCAGUCUCCGCCCCCCCGCCGCAGCCAUGAGUCGCAGCAUCGUGCGGCAGAGCAAGUUCCGCCACGUCUUCGGCCAGGCGGUCAAGGCCGACCAGGGCUACGACGACAUCCGCGUGUCCAAGGUGACGUGGGACAGCUCCUUCUGCGCCAUCAACCCAAAGUUCCUGGCCGUCAUCGUGGAGUCCAGCGGGGGCGGAGCCUUCCUGGUACUGCCCCUCUCCAAGACGGGACGAGUGGACAAGAACUACCCUCUGGUCAUAGGACACUCUGGACCUGUCCUCGACAUUGAUUGGUGUCCCCACGAUGACAACAUCCUGGCCAGCGGCUCAGAGGACUGCACCGCCAUGGUGUGGCAAAUUCCUGAUCACUCCCUGAUCCGCCCCAUCACAGACCCUGUGGUGGUUCUGGAGGGUCACUCCAAACGUGUCGGCAUCGUCAGCUGGCACCCGACCACGCGCAACAUCCUCCUCACUGCAGCCAGCGACAACCUGGUCAUCAUCUGGAACGUGGGGACGGGCGAGCCCCUCAUGUCCAUGGACGACCACCCCGACCUCAUCUACAGCGUCAGCUGGAACCGCAACGGAAGCCUCUUCUGCACCACCUGCAAGGACCGCCGCCUGCGCGUUUGCGACCCGCGCAAGGCCGAAGUGGUGGCGGAACGCCUGGCUCCUCACGAUGGCAUCCGACCAAUGAGAGCCAUCUUCACCCGAGACGGGAACAUCUUCACCACUGGAUUCACUAGAAUGAGCCAAAGAGAGCUUGGACUCUGGGACCCGACUAAUUUUGAGGAACCGGUUGCUCUGCUGGAGUUGGACACGAGUAACGGAGUCUUAUUACCUUAUUACGACCCCGACGCCAACAUGGUGUACCUGUGCGGAAAGGGAGACAGCAGUAUCCGUUACUUCGAGAUCACGGAGGAGCCGCCGUACGUGCACUACCUCAACACUUUCAGCAGCAAAGAGCCGCAGAGGGGGAUGGGCUUCAUGCCCAAAAGGGGCGUGCACGUCAGCAAGUGUGAGAUCGCCAGGUUGUUCAAGCUGCACGACAAGAAGUGUGAGCCCAUCACCAUGACGGUGCCCAGAAAAUCAGACCUCUUCCAGGACGACCUGUACCCGGACACGGCCGGGCCCGAGCCCGCCAUGGAGCCCGAGGAGUGGCUGGAGGGCCGGGACGAAGACCCCAUCCUGAUGUCCAUGAAGGAGGGCUACGUGCCGCCAAAGAGCCGAGAGCUCAAAGCGGCCCGGAAGAACAUGCUGGACUCCAGGCCCGCCCCCCGACGCAGCAUGUCCACGUGCGACGCCGCCAGCCUGCCGCCUCAGCUCCUAGAGAGGCUGGUGGAGGAGAUCCAGAACCUGAAGGCCACAGUUUUGUCUCAGGAGAAGAGAAUCUGUGACUUGGAGAACAAACUCUCACAGUACACUAACGGGACUGCCUGAACGCCGAAACCUCUUCCAAAUGGACUGUUCUGAAGCGCUUAGCAAAGCUGCAGCGCCAUCGCGGUCCAGUAGCACUACCGCUGGAACCUAAUGGACAUUGCAGUGUGAACAUAACGGACCUGAAACUCUUUUUUUAGUGUUUUUAUUUGAAGGAGUGACAAAGACUGAAGUUGUGAGGGACGCGCUGAGCCGACUACAGAAAGGACAAAAAAGAACGUCGAGCUCGGAAUGUCAAAAAAACGUCUUGUGGAAGUAGGUGAGGAGCCUUUGGUUUUUGCUGCGUCAGCAAAACGACAACAAGGUGUAAAUAGACAAGCGUGUUCAACUUGUAGCAAAACAUUUUUUAAAGGCCUACUGAAAGCCACUACUAGCCACCACGCAGUCUGAUAGUUUAUAUAUCAAUGAUGAAAUAUUAACAUUGCAACACAUGCCAAUACGGCCGCUUUAGUUUAGUAAAUUGCAAUUUUAAAUUUGAUGACGUGUGCUUGUGACGUUAUUGGUCGGAGCGGACAUGUUCUCCCAGCACCACACACGGCUAAAAGUCGUCUCUUUUCAUCGCAUAAUAACACAGUAUUUUGGACAUCUGUGUUGCUGAAUCUUUUGCAAUUUGUUCCAAUUAAUAAUGGAGACGUCAAAGAAGAAUGCUGUUGGUGGAAAGCGGUGGAUUGCAGCUGCCUUUAGCAACCGAAACACAGCCGGGGUUUCUUUGUUUGUUGUGAAAUUUUAACACAGAGCGAACCUUUUUGAAACCAAGAGCUACUUCUUGGGUACUGAUUAAUGCGAAGGGCUACCAGUUUGAUACGCACUUAAAAACAUUGCUGGAAAUAGCUAAAUUUGCUCAAUUUACCUUUGAUAAAUAACUAUAUAUAUAUAUAUAAGGUUUUUGUAUAAGUGAUGAUGAUGAAAAAACACUUAAUGAUGAAAAACACUUAAUGAUGAAAAAAAAACACUUAAUUGAACGGUUUAAAAGAGGAGAAAACAGGAAAAAAAAAAAGAAAAUGAAAUUUUGAAACAUAGUUUAUCUUCAAUUUCGACUCUUUAAAAUUCAAAAUUCAACCGAAAAAUAUGAGAGGAAAAACUAGCUAAUUUUAAUAUUUUUGAAAAAUUAAAAAAAAUAAUUUAUGGAACAUCAUUAGUCAUUUUUCCUGAUUAAGAUUAAUUUUAAAAUUUUGAUGACAUGUUUUAUAUAGGUUAAAAUCCAAUCUGCACUUUGUUAGAAUAUAUAACAAAUUGGACCAAGCUAUAUUUCUAACAAAGACAAAUCAUAAUUUCUUCUAGAUUUUCCAGAACAAAAAUUUUAAAACAAAUUCAAAAGACUUUGAAAUAAGAUUUAAAUUUGAUUCUAAAGAUUUUCUAGAUUUGCCAGAAUAAUUUUAUUGAAUUUUAAUCAUAAUAAGUUUGAAGAAAUAUUUCACAAAUAUUCUUCGUCCAAAAAACAGAAGCUAAAAUGAAGAAUUAAAUUAAAAUGUAUUUAUUAGUCUUUACAAUAAAAAAAAAAAAUUUACUUGAACAUUGAUUUAAAUUUUCAGGAAAGAAAAGGAAGGAAUUUAAAAGGUUAAAAAGUAUAUGUGUUUAAAAAUACUAAAAUCAUUUUUAAGGUUGUAUUUUUUCUCUAAAAUUGUCUAUAUGAAAAUUAUAAGAAGCAAAGUAAAAAAAAUAAAUGACUUUAUUUAAACAAGUGAAGACCAAGUCUUUAAAAUAUUUUCUUGGAUUUUCAAAUUCUAUUUGAGUUUUGUCUCUCUUCGAAUUAAAAAUGUUGAGCAAAGCGAGACCAGCUUGCUAGUAAAUAAAUACAAUUUCAAAAAUAGAGGCAGCUCACUGGUAAGUGCUGCUAUUUGAGCUAUUUUUAGAACAGGCCAGCGGGCGACUCAUCUGGUAUUUACGGGCUAAGUGGUGCCCGCGGGCACCGCGCUGGUGACCCCUGUUCUACGUCAACCAGCAAGUUUUUGGAUGGGAAAAUUGUGAUAUUAAGUCGGCUCUUGAGUGGAUUAUGCGACCUCAUCCUGCAGCUCAAAAAGGCAGCUGUGAUCUUGGCUCCUCGGCUUCUCUCAGAGACACUGGCGUUCACCGCAGCCAUCCGACUUUCAGGUAUGACUUUAUAAUCUCACUAAAAUACUAUUAACACAAUAAGCAGAUAAGGGAUUUUCCAGAAUUAUCCUAGUAAGUGUUAAUUUUGACAGCAAAAUUUGAUUUAGUUUUAGUCAUAGUCUUUUGACUAAAAUGUAAUUUAGUUUCAGUCAUAAUUUAGUUAUUCAAAUUGUUUUAGUUUUAGUCUAGUUUUAGUUGACGAAAUAUCAUAAGAUUAUAGUCGACGAAAACUACAGUAGAUUUAGUCGACUAAAGGGUAAUACGUAAACUUUCCCUUCAAUUUCUGAAAGUCGAAGCAAAACAGCGGAAAAAUCACCGAUACAAGUCGUAUUUUGAUGAAAAUCACGUCUCAAAUUUAGUAUUUCACGAGUGAGCCGUGUAAUAAACGGGAUAACGUCAGGAAAAUGCUUACCUGUGUGUGGAUUUCGGGGUGAUUGGACUGUAAAUGUCGCUUCAAGUUUGUUGUGUUUUUCCCCGUAAUCCUCGCGCUGCAUUUCUUACACUGCGUCUUGUUAUCUUUGACCUCAAAUAUAAAAUUUCCCCAUAUGUCCUCUCUCCUCUUCCUCCCCGGCGUUGACGUGUUGUCUUCAGUCUCAAACGCAAACUACGUUUACGUAACUUCCUUACCGCGUCGCUCUGAUUGGUUCUCUUCCCAACUCCUCCCGCCUCUUCCUAACGAAAUGAGUUCCGAUUGGAUCUCGUCUCUGGCAGACAUUUUCGUCUCGUUUUUAUUCGUCGACGAACAUGUCAAUACACCUCGUCAUCGUCUUAGUCCGCGUAAAUUAUUUUUUAUUUAGUAAUUGUCUCGUUUUAGUCAGGAAAAAAAAGGUUGUUGACGAUAACCAUGACGAAAUUUUUUCGUCAACAAAAUUAACACAGGUGUCUAAUUACAUCUGAAACGCUCCCGUCGCCUUUUCUUUUCUUUCUUUUUUUUAAAGUGCUUCACUCUAACUUUCCUCAUCCAGAAAUGUUUCAUCCUCGCUCAAAUUAAUGGGGAAAUCGUCACUUUCUCGGUCCGAUUAUCUCUUGCUGCUGGAGGCUAUGAUUAGAAACAAUGUGAGGAUUUGAGGAGCCCUACAACCCGUGAUGUCACGCGCACAUCGUCUGCUACUUCCGGUACAGGCAAGGCUUUUUUAUUAGCGACCAAAAGUUGCGAAUUUUUUCGUGGAUGUUCUCUACUAAAUCCUUUCAGCAAAAAUAUGGCAACGUCGCGAAAUGAUCAAGUACGACACAUAAAAUGGACCUGCUAUCCCCGUUCAAAUAACAAAAUCUCAUUUCAGUAGGCCUUUAAAUGAAUUAGCCUUCUUUCAACAUUUUCAUCACAGUGUUCUUUUCCAAGAGUUUACCUUCAAUCAUCAUGUUGCAAUAUAAUAAACAAAUCAAAAGCAAUAUUUAAAAAAAAACAGGGCAGUUUUGUCACGCAAAAGUCUUGACCACUAAGGAUUGCCAAAGACCACGUAGAGCAGGGGUGUCAAACUCAAAUACAGAGUGGGCCAAAAUUUUAAACGGAACAAAUUAACCUUUUAAUAAGGACCCAAACAAGUUUUGCAUUAAAUAUUGAACAAGCAAGGCUUAUAUAACUUUAGUGACAUGCAAAAUCCAGUUUCAAAUAAUAAUAAUAAUAAUUAAAAAAAAUAUCAAUGGCAUAUCAAAUAAAAUUUUAAUAAAAUGUAAUGUCUUUUUUUCUAUUUGCAAUCUUCUGAGGUAAAUAUCACAUUUUUUUCCACAGGCUAGUAAUAAAUUCGAAAAUAAAAUAAUAAUGAAUGAACCAAAUAUUCAAGCCUUGAAGUAGCAAGAGAAAAUGCAUGAAUAAAACUAACUCUUCCCCGGAAGAGUUAGUGCUGCAAGGGGUUCCGGGUAUUUGUUCUGUUGUGUUACGGUGCAGACGUUCACCCGAAAUGUGUUUGUCGUUCUUGUUUGGUGUGGGUUCACAGUGUGGCGCAUAUUUGUAACAGUGCUAAAGUUGUUUAUACAGUGUGACCUGUAUGGCUGUUGACCAAGUAUGCCUUGCAUUCACUUGUGUGUGUGUGUAAAAGCCACAAAUAUUAUGUGACGACAGGUUGUAGAGAACGCUAAAGGCAGUGCCUUAAAUGCACGCCCCCCAAUUUAGUUGUCCGGGUGGAAAUCUGUAGAAAUUCGGGAGAAUGGUUGCCCCGGGAGGGGAACUGAACUUCGGGGGUCUACCGGGAAAAUUAGUAGGGUUGGCAAGUAUGAGUAUUAGCGGGGAACGCGGUGUUACAGCGGCACCGACGCUGUAUAACAGCUCUAAUGCUAAAUUGAUAUUGCCUCAAGGGCCAAAUUAAAUUACAUGGCGGGCCAGAUUUGGCCCGCGGGCCAGAGUUUGACACCCAUGACAUCGAGGAAGACAAGUCCUAGCGAUGCUUCUAAAAGCUCACCACAGGCUGUGCAGGAGGCCGAGCGCCAGGUUAAGCGCCCAUACGAGGUGCACCUGGCUGACCAAAGCUGCCACGCCCCCUGAAGCCGGGAAGGCGUUGAAGGCGUUGAAGGCGCAGGCGACAGUGUUGCCCACCCGGUCCACCGCCUCCAGCACCAAGUCCGGGUCGGCGCAGGAUGCAUUGUAGUUCACCAGCGUCACAUUCCCGUCGCUGAGGGACGUUUCCACCUUCAGCGUCCCGUUGCCUUGCCUGCGGGUGACCCGCUCUACGCCUGUCCCGUCCGCGCCAUCGCUCACACGCAGCGACACCGCCCAUGAUUCGGUGCUGCUCAUCCGUACGCAUAUGACGGACGAUAGGAAUUCACACACCGGAGCGGUUAGGUCCGUCACCUGCCAGGGGGACAGGAAAUGAUUAGAGGACGUUUGCGAUGCCGGACAGACCGCGGCGCCUACCGUGUUAAAGACGCCGAUCCUCAGGAUUAAGUAGUUGGUGUCCCCACUGUCUGGGUUUUUCACCUCGACGGUGAGGGUGAUGGUGGUCCCCGACGGCGUGUUAAGGGGCGCAAACACCAUGACGGUGUUGUUGCUUGGGACUCCUGGUUGCAACUGGACACUGCCGGGAGCACUGGUGGUGAAGCGCUGGUCGUUGGUAGUGACGGUGACGGAGAAAUUACCUCCCCUGUCU